AUGGCGGGCACAGCAUGGUAUACCCUGGGUGUAGCCUUCUUUGCUGCCAUCGGCACGUUUCUAUUCGGGUUUGAUACCGGCAUCGCAACCACCACGAUCGCCCACCAAAGCUGGAUUGACUAUAUGAACAAGCCCUCAAAGGGCUUGACCGGCGCAGUUGUCGCCGUCUAUAUUGCCGGCGAGGCUGGCGGAGCAUUGACCCAAACAAUAAUCGGCGACAAACUCGGUCGCCUACGCUUCAUGCAGCUGAUGUGUAUCAUCGUCACGGCAGGAACCGUCAUCCAGACCGCCGCUCAGAAUAUCGGCAUGUUUCUUGCUGGUCGAGUGCUCGCCGGCUAUGCUGUUGGUGGCAUGGUUGCCACGGUUCCCAUCUACCUCAGCGAGAUCUCUGCUCCUCACAAUCGUGGCCUCGUUGGCGGCGUUUCAGGCUGCGGCAUUUCCCUAGGCACAAUGGCCUCGAAUUGGGUGGGUGCUGCGUGUUCGUAUGCCCCCUACGGGCCCACGCAAUGGCGACUGCCUCUCGGCAUCCAGAUCCCCUGGGGUAUCAUCAUGUUCAUCGGUCUGGUGACCUUCAUGCCCCACUCUCCUCGACAGUUGGUCCGCAGCGGCAAGAUCGAUGAGGCUCGUCGUCAGUUCAUGAGGGUGCGGCGCGACCUCGACGGGCCCCAGGUGCAUGAGGAAUUCAUCCACAUGCGGAGCCAGAUCGAAUUCGAAAUGCAGCGGGAGAUCAAGUCGCUGAAAGAGGUGUUCAAGCUCUUUAGACAUCGUGCGCUGGUAUCUGUCGCAGUCCAGACCAUGACCAGCCUGACGGGUGUAAAUGUCAUUCAGUACUAUCAAACAAUCCUGUUCAAAUCUCUCGGAAUCAGCAGCCACAUGAUCCUCAUCCUCGCCGCCAUCUACGGCACCAUUGCAUUCACUUCGAAUGUCCUCACCACCAGAUUCCUCGCUGACCAGUGGGGUCGUCGCAAAAUGAUGCUCACCGGCUUGACCGGCAUCAUCAUCAUCGAGAUCUACGCGGCCGUCAUGCAGCGCAAAUUCCAGAACACCGACAACAAAGUCGGCAAAGGCUUCGCUGUCUUGGGCAUCUAUCUCUUCGUCGUGACAUAUUACGGCAUGCUUAACAGCACAACAUGGCUCUACGGCGCCGAAGUCCUCCCUAUCGCUCUGCGGUCUAAAGUCAUGGGUCUCGCAGCGGCAUCACACUUUAUCGUCAAUGUUGCUAUCACCGAAGCCGGGCCCAGCGCGUUCGCCAACAUCCAUGAAAGCUAUUACUACGUCUUUGUGGGAUGUUCGAUUUUCUUCUUGGUCAUUGCGUAUUUUUAUUUCCCGGAAACGAAGCAAAAGUCCCUCGAAGAAAUCGCCGCUGCGUUCGGCGAUAAAGUCGUGCUCGUGGAUGAGACUACGCUGGCCGUCGAGGAGGCUGUGAUGGAAGCGGAAGACAAGGCCGGUGAAAUGCAGGUGGAGAUGGCUGCUGUUGGGAAUAAGGUCUGA